AUGACCGACAUCCUGCCCGCUUAUGAGCAAGCGUUUUCAAAAGACAUACGGGGAACGCUUCUCAACGAUAUGCUAGCCUUUGAGGAUUGUGAGACAAGCAGCGGAGGUAUUCCAACUCCACAUGCAGAGGCAGAGCUCAGAGACCUUGGCAGCGUGGAAUUCCAGCUCCUCGAGCAAUGGAUUAACAACCACGAUGAACGCGCUGCUUCUCAUAUUCGACCAGAGGCUCACCCUAAGGUCAACGUAGGGCGUGCUGGCGAGACGUAUUCAAUAGAAGGCAAAGCACAGCGCAAUAGCUAUAUCGUAUAUCGUGUUGCUGGCAACGACGGUCCCUGGAAAGCCGGUGUCAUUCGCGCCAUAUUCGAUCAUACACGCAAAGCUCCUGGAAACCACAGCACCACUCAAACCUUCUUCCUCGUAUUUCCUCUUCGCCCUCUCCCAGACAGGCUUCUACCGUACGACUACUACAGGGCUUUCCCGGAGGCUCCCCGCUGCACCGCCCUCAACCCCGCUAGACAGCACAUGCGCGUCCUCGUCGUCCGUAUCAAUAUCCGCCGGCGCCUCAGAGUCUCUAUCAUCCGGCCCCACCCUCCCCAGCCCCAGCGCCCUUGCCCGUUCCGCAAUACGCCUGCGCAGACGCGUAAAGCUCGCCCCGCCCGCGCGCUCGACUGCGCGCCACACCACGACGAGCGUGUUCGGGCCGUCCCACUGCGUGAGCUGCUGCACCUCAUGAUCGAGGACAGCCGCCAUGAGCGAGGCAAACGCGGCCUCGGGCACGCCGUUGUGCGCCAUGUUCACGAUCGUCUGCUACGAGAGCCGGCUGGGGUGCAUCACGCGCGAGGGCGCGAGCAGGUCGAGCACGAGGUGCUCGCGGUCGGCUGGCGGGCUGGCGAUUUUGUUCUGCGAGGACCGGAUCCAGAUCUUGGCGGGCCCGUCGAUGAGCUACUCGGCGGGGUCCGGCCCUCACCAAUGCGCAUGCUCUCCUUGAGGGUGGCCCCAUUCGCCCUGCUGGCCCUCGUUCCGACCGAUGAUGGGUGA